UCCGCGGCCCCGGCGGACACAAUGGGCUUUAUCCCGCGGGGAGGUCUCGGGCGGCGUUCCGCACCCUGAGUUUCGGAUUCGUGUCACACGCCGGCGAGGCCCCGACUUAACGCAAACUCUGUCUCUCUGCAGAUGGAUUUGAGGAUAUCGCCAUCCGCACUGGGGAUAAUACCCGAUGUGGCCGUUUACGCGCUUUGAUUUCUUUCUCUCCGCGUCCACUCCCCUGCGCUCCAUUUCAGAGCGAGCGGGGAGGCCGGCCGAGUGAAAGGCUGCUUCUCGGAUCUUCUGUGGGAUCUGCUCUGCCUGGUGUUGGAGGGUGGAAGCUUUGUGCCUGGGAGUCGUCCUUCCCAUUUUUCUUCAGGAGUCGAGGGAGCUUCCUCUCAGACAAUGAUGAAAACCGAAGGCAAAGGGGAAAGGACUUUAAGAAGUGCUUCUCCGCACCGAAAUGCAUAUAAAUCCGAUUUCCAUGCUAUCAAAUGCUCGUUUGACGGCGUAAACAAUCCCGAAAAUGCUUCCAACAAAACAAGCUUGCAUCAGAAGCUGAGCACUUCUUCUAACGGAGGGGGAAAUGACCCACACAGUCGAGGCAGAGCUGCCACUUAUGGCAAUAGAGUACACAAGAUCAAAAAUAUGUUUCUGCAAAUGGGAGGCUCAUCUUCCACACCCUCUUGUGAAAGCAGCCCACCUGCUGAGACCAAAUUAAUCAGCCGGGCCACAGCAGCAGAGUACGGACCUUCUCCAGGUAGCCCAUCUUUCCUCAUUGUCCAAAAAAAUAAUCUUCUGAAUACAAGUACCAGCCCCUCUGUCAGUCCUGUGGAUUCAUUGUCUGUGCCUUCUGCUGCUGACAAGAUCAUCCGUAGCAAUGAUGAGGCAGACUUGGACAAAGUUGCCUUGGCAGAAAAAUUUUCAGAGACCAGGAAGCUAUUUGAGAGAAAUAUAAAACAACGGAGCUCAGUUGACAGAUACUCCCCCAGCAAAUGUGAAAGAAGUGAGGAUAAGAAGAGACGCAGUUCAGCUUCUGAUUGCAACAAUGCGGUGGACCACUUCAGUUUUAAUACAGAAGCAAGUCUUCCAGUUGCAUUGGAAAAAGUUGAAAAUCAAGGUAAUGAGGAGUUGAAGCAGCAACAUCCCAAUAGUGGUUCCAAAUCCUCCUUCCUGAAUGCAGGGCCUAUUUCUAGGAGGCUGGAAAGCUUUCUGGGUGACAGUGAUACUGAAGAAGCCAAAGAAAUUUCCAAAAAUUACAGUGCUCUGAAUCAGGACCCUUUGAGAGGCCACCGCAGUUUGGAUUCAUCUGCUGUUGCUGAAGGAUGUCCGGAGAAGGCUGUGUCGACCAAAGUGCCUGUGAUCCUCAGAGAUGAGCUAACCGAGGCGUUUGGAAAAGACAAAAGAGAACAACUGGUACUUGAGAGAAGCCUGUGGGGUAUGGGCAGUAUGCCUGGUCAAGAGGCUCAGCUGAGAUCAGACGGUGUUCUUUCCCAGGUUUCCCCCAUGGAGAGGACUUGUGCAGAGCUGGUUGCACAAGAUGAAACCUCAGGGCAUGAAAAAGAAGGUUUGGAGAAAGAUCACGUUGUUCAAGAGGAUCAGCUGCUCAGAUGUCAAGUACAGGAAGGGAAGAGGAACGACUCUUCCUUGGAAGUGGUAGAAGAGUUUAUGAAAGGCAAUGAGACUGGUCACGAAGAAGAAAGAGAUGGGAUGUCUGUGAGAGAUGGUCCCAUUACACGAGUUCAAGAUGUUCUAGAGCAGGAGGGAGAUAUUGAAGAAGAGGAGCAAGUGGGAAGGCAGAGCAAGAACUUCAGUGCUUUUGGAAUAGAGAAUGCAGCUUUUGAUGAUGAUAGGGAUACGGAGCCAGAAAACCAAGCGCCUGAAGGCAAAGAAAUUUUGGAGGGAGAGGAGGAGGAGGAGGGGGAGGAGGAGUAUAUGUAUGACAGUGAAUAUGAGGAGUUUCCUGGACUUUCUGAAGAGGAAGAUCCUGAGCCAGACCGAAAAGUCAAGUUCUCAACAGCUCCUAUCAAGGUUUUCAGUACUUACUCAAAUGAAGACUAUGAUAGACGUAAUGAAGAAGUUGACCCUGUGGCAGCCUCAGCUGAGUAUGAACUUGAGAAAAGGGUGGAAAAAAUGGAAGUGUUUCCUGUGGAAAUUGAAAAAGGUGACAGUGGUCUGGGAAUCAGUAUUAUUGGAAUGGGAGUUGGUGCUGAUCAGGGACUGGAAAAACUAGGUAUUUUUGUAAAAACAAUAACAGAUGGUGGAGCUGCUCAGAGAGAUGGACGAAUUCAAGUAAAUGAUCAGAUUGUUGAGGUUGAUGGCAUAAGUCUAGUGGGAGUUACUCAGUUCUUUGCAGCCACUGUAUUAAAAAACACCAAAGGCACAGUGAGGUUUCUGAUUGGGAGAGAGAAGCCAGGGACUCAGAGUGAGGUAGCCCGCCUCAUUAGUGAGACCUUAGAGCAAGAGAGAUGUCUGUAUGAGCAGCACUAUGUUCAUGAUGAUACAGAGCAGGAUGAUGACUAUGAUGAUGAUGACGAUACGUAUGAGUCACACUUACAUGGAAAAUCUGUAGAAGUUUUUGAUCUUCCUGAAAAUGAAGAUAUCUGUUUACCACUGGAUAUGGAUUCAGCACAGUCUCUUCUUAAAUUUAAAGAGCUACAAUUAAAACAUGCAGUCACAACAGCUGAAGUGAAUCAACUGAAGGAGAAAUUAAAAGUUGUUGAAGCAGAAAAAAAUGAAUGGAAACUGAAUCGAGCCCAGCUUCAGCAAAAUUUAGACGAAAGCAAAGAGAAAAUUAAGAAGUUAGAGACCUACUGGUUAGAAGCACAGAGUUUGUGCAAAACAGUAAAUGAGCAUCUUAAAGAAACUCAAGAACAAUGUGAUGCCCUUGAAAAGAAAUACAGCAAGGCCAAGAAAUUGCUUAAAGAUUACCAACAAAAAGAAAUAGAAUUUAUGAAAAAAGAAGAGGAUCAUUCAAGGCUGCUUGAAGAGAGAGACCAGAAAUAUGCAGAACAGCUGAAAAUAUAUCAGGAAAAAAUUUCAGAGCUUGAAAGUAAAUUAAAAGUAUAUGAGAGAAUACCAUAUGUGUUCGGAGGUGGCAGCUUAUUGGAAGAUGGCUGUCAAAGUCCAGGCCAAUAUAAUGAACAGUCAAAGAUGAGAGAAGAAAAUGAAAAAGAAACAGAAUCAAUAGAAGAAAGAAUAAAUUCUUCAGAUAUGUUGAUUUCUGAUUUUGAUGCGUUUGUUGGGGAUACUCCCAGAUUAGAUACCAGUGCCCACAAAGCAAAAGCUCAGCUUGCUCUGAAAGUAAAACGCCAGCCACCUUCUCGAUCAAAGCUGAAAGAAUCGCUUGGGGCUGGACAACAGACUGCAAAUCUACAGGAUGAGGAAUCAGAAGAUACUGUUCUCAGCAGAGAACUUUCCACUGUGUACCUAACCAAGACCUUGGAAACAAGUGAAAAAUUAACACUCCCACGCCUGGAUGACAUUGAUCGAAAGAGUGAAAAGCCUGAACAAACAGAAAGCACAGAAAGUCCUCUAGAGUCAAGUCCUUCUGCUUCCACACACUCUUCUCCAGCACACAAACCAAACAAUGAAAAUAACACAACCACCACUUGUUCACCUCCUCCUGAAGAGAUGGCUCCAAAUUUUCCUCAAGGGUAUCCCAAGAAUGUUAAGCAAAAAGAAGCAAAAGGGAAAGGGAAAGAGGCCAAGGCAGAAGAAAAGAAAAAUGAAGACAAGACAGUAGAAACAAGUGAAGGAACAUCAGGAAAGUCCAGAAGGAGAUUUCCAGAUUUUGGUGGAUUACGGAAAUCUGGUGGCAAGGGCAAGAAACAAGAAAAUCUAAGAGGUUCUCUGGAUAGCAGAGGUUCCCGAGAACUGUUGGAUGACUCUGGCAACAAUCUGUCUGCAUCAGAUUCAGAUUCCCCUGUUCCUACUUGCAUGCCUUUCUCUUGGUUUGGAGACAGCCACAAAGAGCCUCAGAUUUCUAGUAACAGUCUGCAUGUUACCCAGAGUGGGCAAGACAGUUGUGAACAUGGUCAAGAGAAGAACAGAAGCAAGAGUAGAAUUGUCAUAGAUGAUACAUACCAUAGCAAGCCAAGUUGUGAACUUUCAGGGUUAGUGACUGAACCAAAUCUGUCAGGUCGUUCACACACUUUAACCUUCUCUUCAAAUGAGGCAUUAGAUGAUGAAUUUACAACAACAGGAAAGCAAAAUCAAUGGCACAGUAGACCUAUUUCUGAAUGGACCACCCAGCAAGUGUGCCACUGGUUAAUGGGAAUGAACAUGGAGCAGUAUAUUACAGAGUUCACAGCUAUGAACAUAGAUGGACAGCAGUUAAUGCAGCUCGACAGUGAGAAGUUAAAGGCUUUGGGAGUUUCCAGUCAAAAUGACCGAUCAACAAUAAAGAAAAAAAUUAAGGAUAUUAGAAAAACACAAGAAAAACUGGAAAAGCAGAAGGAAAAAGUUCAAAAGAAGGAGAGAGAAGUUCGCAAGACUGGCAGAGUGGUAGCCACUCUUGAAUCAAGCUGCUAAAGUGACCCUGUUUUGUUGUAGCGCAGACUUGCUUCAUCCUGAGGAAGUUCAACAGAUUUGUAUAUAAUUGUACAAUUGAGGGAGGAGGGAAAGUGCAACAGUUUAACAUGGUAGGUGGUUUUUUACUUUUUAAUUAUGGUCCCUCCCAAUUACAACCCAAUAAAAAGAAAUAAUGUUUUCACUAUUUUUAUUCCUAGUUGACUCUGCCUGUACUAAUAGACAAUAAUUUAACUUUCUGCCUUAAGUGAUAUUUGUGCUUUUAAGACCUCAUAUGCCCUUUUCAUUGAAAUUGAUUUUGUGAAAAGUAGAAUGCAGUAUUAAAAAUCAUUCCAAUAUUAGUCAACCAGCAUUUGAUAGAGUUGAAUCUGAUAGAGGGACAAUAGAAAAAUCCUGCCAACAAAUUCAGUCUGUGACAGUCUGUUUAUCUGUUGCCACUAAAGAUGUAUAGUAAAAAUUAAGUUUAAGAAAACAGUAAUGUCAAAUUAAUUUAAACAGAAAGCAUGUAUUUCAAAUUUAUGGAUUAUUUUGUUUAAAUUCUUGUAUUUCUGGGUUUUUCAUUCAAAGUUCACUGUAGUAGCACAUUGUUUUGGAAUUCUGUGUUGCAAUUUACUGAGAGAAUAACAAGAAAUAUUAAGUGGUUUUCACGAACUACAUAUACUAAGCAUAAUAAGAAGUUUUCUGUACACUACCCAUAUGGUAUUGGGACAAGGUUUAAACCUAUAAAUAAGAUCUUUUUUAACCUAUUUUUCCUAAAAUGAUACAUAGUUUUAUAGAUUUAUGCUAUGAAUAAGAUCAAUUUGCAAUACAUGUAUUUCUCUUUUCUACCUGCUACAAGAUUUUUGUGGACCAAAUUUAUAUAUUUGCUAAUUUUAAACUAUACUGGUUUUCAAACUUAAAAUACUGAGGGAAAAUUGUAGGAAAAAUUACCACUGAAGCACUGGGUUUCUGCAUUGUAUUUGAAUGUUCGAUUGUAGACUACAGAUUAUUUCUCUUUCUUUAAAGGAGGAUUUGAUUCUCAGAAUAGUUUUGAACAUUGAUUGGUGUUUUGUAUAUUUACAUACUAUUUUCUAGAGAUUCUGCAACAGUACUUCCUUUAAUUAGAUUAUUCCAGAGACAUAGACUAGUUCAAAUAUGAAUUUCAGCAUAGAAUGCACUAGAACAAAACUUACAUAACUCACUCACGUGGACCAAGUUCUCCUUUAAAUCUAUGAACUGUUUUUCAUUUUAAUUAAAUGAAAGAAUUUCACUGUUGCUGUUUCAUAGUUGGUUUUCUUUGUAUAAAUGUUAUCACAAAUUUCAGCAAAAGAACUAUGUGGAAAUGCUUCUGCACUCUAUGCAUUUCCAAAAUAAACAAAAUCUGAAAUCUUUGUAAGAAUUACUUUUAAAAAGAUGUUCCAUUUUCACUUUUGUGCAUUAAGAAACAAUUCUCUGGUCAAGAUUUAACCUAUUUACUUUGUUUCCAGUAUCUUUGAGUUUGUACUCCAAACUUACAGUCCUUGAGCCAGAAAGGAAUGCUGCCUUACUGAUAAGAGAAGGGAAUUAGAAGUACAGAAUGAUCAAAUGCUUAGGAUCACACAUGUUAAUUGAACUGUGGUUUAAUUCAGUCGAGGAAGCUUAUUUAUUGGUUAAGUGCUUUCAGCUAGAACAGAGAAUACUGAUACAACUAUGUAUAACCUUUUUCCUUUAAGCUUAUGAAACUGAACAUUGCACGCUGUGAAGAGUGUGUUUCUCAGGAAGGAGACUAGUGGAAAUAAUGGUUUCAAAGACUUGCCUGUGUGCAGAGCUGUUGUAGCUAAAUGGGGGCUACAGCUGGAUGGUAAACUGACCUGGCACCUGAGCAUAAGAACAUUGAUUAUCACAGACCACAGCAUUUAACAUCUGUCAGAUGCUAAACAAGAAGGCUGGCUCUAUGGAACUAGCUUAGUACCAUGCCACAAAAUCACCAACUGAAAAUUUAAUUUUUAAAAUAGUUUUAAUGAGUAAUUGUAGUGAUUCUUUCAAAAAAUAAAGUUAAAACAAACAAGAUUAAUUUUACAGUACAAGACUGAGCUCAUUUGCAUACAAAACUAUUAAUCUCAGCAUUUUGAUAGCUAGUAUACUGAUUUUCUACAGUGAUUCACUUCAGCUUAACCAGUGUGCUAGCAAUGAUUACAGUAAUGAAACACAAAAGUUAUCAAAGAUCAAACUUGUAAGUAGGAUUAAAUGUAGUAAACCAAAAUAUUUACUACGUUUGUGUUUUUACUACAGUCGUUCAGGGUGGCAGGUGAGGAGACACACAAAAUUACACAGCAAGUUGUUCUAAUAAUCAGAAUUCAAUCAGUAGCUAGCUGAGAGCAUGAAAGGUUUUUAUUUCAAUAAUACCAUAUGAAAUACUUUAAUAAACUUUCUAGAAAACAGACUGUGUAGUUCUCAGAUGUUACUAAUAUCAGUUCAAUUAAGUUAAACAUUUAAAACUUGGCAUAAAAUCUAGAAUGUUCGGCUUCAGAGUUGAGUUUUUAAAAUCCCAUGUUGUAACUUCCAGCUUUAGGUUAGUAAAAGCAAUAGCUGCAAGCAUUCCCUCUUAACUUUUGUACAAGCCACUUUACAGUACGUGGAAAUUCUUGCAUACAUCCUCCUUCAGGGUUGAAGAAGAGAACACCUAUAGAUUCUCCUCACUUGUAGCCAUGCAGAUUCAAAGGUAGGCCUCCCUCAGAGUGUCACUCGUAACUGUGUAUAUAGCCCAUUCUGUAAAUCACUCCUGUUACAUUAGCUUGACCAGGGUGUAAAACCUUUUUUUUUUUUUUUUUUUUUCAGAACUAGGCUAGGGAGGUAGCAGGUGAUAAUCUUUAAUCUGACUCAGCUAUAACUAGAACAGUAUGACUUGAAUUUCUAAUACCAGCUAUUCCCUUCACUUGUGGUGUCUCGCCUUCUGCUCUGUCCAGAGCUAGUAAACUAGCACAGUUCUUUCUGAGGGAUUCUGCAUGCCUGUGCAGAACAAAAGUCACAGCAUUACAUGCAAUGAAUUAACUGAUAAAAAGGAUUAGUUCUUGGUAUCUUGAACAUUUCAGGAGUGAUGAAGUUAAGGAAUGACAGGGAUCAAGGUGCAACAUAAAUAUGUAUGAUUUGAACAAAGUAGGCACAAUAGUCAUUAAAAGAAGUUGAAUCUUUUAUUAAAAGGACUUUGUACCUGAAAUGUAAUACUCAUUCCACUCCCUGUCUUUCCCAGUAUGUUUUGACAGUUUGCCUUGGACAGAUGAAACCCAUUCUGCUUACCUUAUUUAUGUUAUAGUGUGACUUCCACUUACUGCAUAAACAAGGCCAGAAACACACCACAAACAAAAAAGUCUUUUCAAAAACUGAAUUCCACUUUUUUGUAAAUACAAAUUAUCUUCUCAGGAGUAUUGUCAAAGUAAUAGAGAUGGCCCUAUUAAGGACAAUUUUUUAAAAUCUGUUUAUUAAAGUAGUUUCCAUGUACAACUGUAACCUGACAUACCCGAGUCUGAGAUCUUACCAGGGCUAGAACAUUGAUACUCCAUUUUGGUAUUACCUACACAAAUACGAGCAAAUGCAAACCAGCAUACCUUUGCUGUACACAAGCCAACACUAUCUGCUAAUUCACAAGGAUCAUCUCAAGAUAAGUUUUUCACAUGUAUUAAAUAUUCACAUUACAACCAAAGAAAUAUGACUGAUACCACAUACCUGAGAUACAUUAUACCAGUGGUAACAGCUAGAACUGAUUUUU